CAAACCGGUGUGCUCGGAUACAUGCUGUAGCUGCUCGCCCGCACUGCAGAUUAACUCUUACCAUGCCGGGAGAUGCAGCGAGACAUGGAAAGGAUUGAUCAGAAUUUCCCCUGACCGAAGCUCGCAUUACAACUCUUUAGCCAGCAACCACUCUCCCUGGGGAUCGCAAGGACGCCUCCUAAACUCAGCUCAUUCCUCAACCUGCCACACAGUGUGGACUGAGGCCAGGCACUGUAGAAAUGGGGCAAAACAUAAGGAUGCGCACUGAAGAGGCCGAAAGAAGAGUGUGCUUUUGAACGUUAUGCCUGUUCUUCUAAAGGAGAAAAGCUGUGGGAAACUGUAGAAAACUCAAAGCUCUGAAGAACACAGACCACACAGUAUGAGCUUUCCCAUGUAUGGUGACAGGGGCUGAAGUUGGCCACACAUUCCUGUGUGUGUAUCACACUGUUUUGAGGAGAAUUGAACUUCAGCAGGCCUCCCCUCCGGUCCAGAGGGAGGUUGUGCCCUUUGGGUUUCCGGAUGCAGAACAUCCUCGAUCAAAACUUAGACAUGGCCACGGCUCUUCUUGCCGGCGAGAAGCUGAAGGAGCUGAUCCUGCCGGGCUCCUCUCAGGAUGAGAGGGGCGGGCUACUGGCUGGCCUCUUGGUGCAACUCAAACUGGAGCUGCCCUUUGAUCGCGUUGUCACUAUAGGGACGGUCAUCAUCCCCAUCCUGCUGGUCACCCUCGUCUUCACAAGGAACUUUGCAGUUUUACAAUGGAUGAUUGCAACAGAUAUUUCAGAGGAGUCCAUAUACUGUUACACACCGCACAACUUCACCAGGGACCAGGCACUGUAUGCAAGAGGCUACUGCUGGACAGAGCUGCGGGAUGCUGCACCUGGUGUGGAGUCUCACCUUUGGCCUUCACUAUUUGAACACAAGUUCCUGCCCUAUGCCCUGCUUGCCUUCGCUGGAAUCAUGUACAUUCCUGCUUUGGGCUGGGAGUUCCUUGCCUCUACGCGGCUCACUUCAGAGCUCAAUUUCCUGCUUCAAGAAAUAGAUAACUGCUAUCAUCGAGCCGCUGAGGGCCGAGCCCCAAAGAUCGAGAAACAGAUACAAUCCAAAGGACCUGGCAUAACUGAGCGAGAGAGGAGGGAGAUCAUAGAGAACGCAGAGAAGGAGAAAAGCCCAGAGCAGAACCUGUUUGAGAAAUAUUUGGAGAGACGAGGCCAAAGUAACUUUCUUGCUAAGCUUUACCUGGCACGCCACCUGGCUAUUAUCUGCCUCAGUUCCAUGCCAAUUUCCUACCUGAGCGCCUACUAUGCCCGACAAAAGCAAAAUGAGUUCACCUGUGCGCUAGGUGAGCCCCCAGACAUUAGCAGCUAUUACGAGCUGAAGCUCAGGGUCAACUGUAAGCUGCCUGCGGUGCAGCUGCAGCGCAUCAUGGCAGCAGUAGAUAUCUCUCUGCUCUGCACUAUGAACCUCAUCAUCCUGCUUAAUUUGCUGCACUUGUUUGUGAUGCGCAAGUCCAACUUUGUAUUUGACAAACUGCAUAAAGUUGGCAUUAAAACACGGCGGCGCUGGCAGAAAUCUCAGUUCUGUGACAUCAACAUCCUGGCCAUGUUCUGCAACGAGAACAGGGACCACAUCAAGUCGCUCAACCGGCUGGACUUCAUCACCAAUGAGAGUGACCUCAUGUAUGACAAUGUGGUCAGGCAGCUGCUGGCUGCACUUGCACAAUCUAACCAUGACGCUACACCCACUAUGAGGGACUCUGGGAUACAAACAAUCGAUGGGAACAUGGACCCCUCUGAUCUUGGAAUGGGAGAGAUGGCUGGGGAGCCGCUGGUCAUCAAACGGCCCCGCAAGAAGAUGAAAUGGAUCCCAAGCUCAAAUCCUCUUCCUCAGCCUUUCAAGGAACCCCUUACCCUGACACGUCUGGAAAAUAGCACAAAGCCUGAAAAACCCAAACCCGUCCGACGAAAGGUGGCAGACAGCUUCAUUGCACCACUCCUGGAUACCAAGAGCACACAAUAUCCUGCAAUAAAAGAUUUGAGUGGGAUGGAGAAAAAGCACCCUCGCAACUUCUCUCUGGACAUCCACCCAUACAUGCUGACCAUUCGUAAGCCCAAGGUGGAGGCAGCAACUGCAGAGCCUCUGCCCUCAGUGCACAACCUGGAUACAGCGUACCUUGAAGGCACCCACACUAUUGUUCAUGUGUCGGGUGCAAUUACAGAAACUAAGGUUUGCUCUCCAAAAUCAACCAACACUGCCUUUUCUACGAUGACCCUGCCCACCACUACUUAUGUAAAUGGCGUGAGCCCAAACCCACCGUCCAGCGAGGACCCCCUCAGUCCUAAAUCCUCUCCUCCUCCUCCCCCUCUUCCUUCUCCUCCUCCUCCUCCUCCUCCUCCUCCUCCUCCAAGGGAUCCUCUCACUCAGACGGAAAACCCUGAGUGUCAGCCACCACCCCUGACCAGAGCACCUACACACCAGCUGAUGAGCAUACAUCAUACUCUGUUUGAGGGAGAAGAGGAUGAAGAACACCGUAGGGACAGACUGGCCGAGAGACCCGGGGAGCUCAUCACCGCUGGGGAAUGUUGAAGGAGGAGAAGAAGAGGGACGCUGAACAAGAUUCCUCUCGCCGAAACUACACUCUGCGCACAUGACCACCAUGUCAAUCACUUCCUAUCGACAGCCACCUCUACUCUUUAAAUUAACUCACACACUUCUGUGAUGGGUCGAUGGGACAUUGAGGACAUGACAUGGAACUCUAGUAGUCGUAAAAGCGAAAUGACUCAACUUUUAGAUGGUAAAAUUAAUCAGAGGGCAUUAGACAAACGUAUUUGUAUUUGAUAAUGUUGACCAGAGUACUGCUGUAGGAAAUGAUGUCACAUUCAUGUCUCAGGAUGACUGUGUACAGCUAAACAUCCUCAAGUGAAACCAGCAGUGGUAUAAUUCAACACGGUGCUACAGAGCAAGGUCAAACAGCUAUAUUAAAAAAGAGCAGCAAUGAGAAAUGAGUGAGCUUUCUAAAAGAGACACACACCUUAAAAGAAGACUGCAUUACAGCUUCAAACUAUAUGUAUUUCAAACACAUAUGAUAGCGCUUAGUCCCUUUAUCCCAAUAACCAAGUAGAAAGGUAGCUCACGCAAUACAGUUGAGAUCUGCACAAUUAAUAUGCAAAAGAUCACAAUAUAUUUGUGGCAAUAAUGUAUGCGCUUACGGCAUCGUAUCUCACAGAACGCUAUAUACAUGUAUAGACACUGUAUAUGACUCAGUGUUUAUGGGGAAAUUAUAACACAUGUUUCAUGGCUUUAUCGUUGCCAUUUCACCGUUGAUUAGAAACGUGUAUCAGAUCUUGACUCAACUAUAUUUGCACGUCAUUAAUAAUAGGUAAAUUGGAAUAAUUAUAUAAAGGAACAGCAUAAGAACAGACUCGACAAUGAAAGGGUGGCGUUGUGAGGUGACGUGCAACUACAAUAUUGCUCAGAGAAACUGUCAGAAUUGUCUAAUAGGUGCCAGACAUCUAAGACAGAAAUACAGUGUUGUGGUUGUUUUCUUCUUGAAGACAUUAAAAGCAGCUCCAAUAUAAUGAAUGGAGCUGGACACACUGUUAAAGUAUGUGACUAUUGUGUUCUGCUGGCUCCUCGUGGGAGUGCUGUGAUGUGAUGUGAUGUGAAUGAAGUGAUGAGUAGAUGUUAAAUCCUUUCUUACUGGAAGGUUUAUGACUUGAUGACGAAGUUUUUGAUUGCCAUCUGCUGUCUCCAACACAAUCUAAAUUUAUGUUGGUAGUUUGGUAGCCCUGUCUUACAUUGUGCCAACAUCCGCUAUGAAGGACUUAUAGUUACAAUGGUUGAUCUGUAAUUUGUAGUAGAAACCAAGCAUAUAGGAUAUGUUAGCACUUUUCACAGGGAACGAGUGAGUGGACAAGGGGAUGGGUGCCUACCACAACCUCUCCAGACACAUUUCUUGCAGGUGCAUACAUUAAUACAGGAACUUCAAUAAAGGAACUGCCAGCACUCACUUACACACCAAUAUGACAUCUACUGUAGAAGACAUUAGUGCUGUCAUCAGGGGCUUACCUACAAUAUAAGUAGACAUAUGCAUACUAUACACAUCUUUUUAUCUUGGGCAUUCAGUAAGCAUACACUUGUGAUGAGAGACAGAGUCAUUUGUAUCACUUCCACUUAUAUUUAGGUGGAAAUAACACAUAAUCCACCUUAUUGUCAUGUUGGCUCAAAAUCCCCUUGUUAGACUGCUCAAGCACACUAAAUGCAUCCAAAAGCACUUUAAGACUUGUAGCACGAGUGGGUGUUAGAGCAUGUUAUAUGUUGAAACACAGCUCUGCUUAUAACUGACUUUUUCUGUGUAGAUUUUAACAUUGAGACAGUCGAGGAGGUAAAUCUGUGACAGUCUUAAUGCUACGGGAAACGUGGGGUGGGGGAAGAGUCCAGACUUUGAUUGUACUGUGUGAAAUGUUAUAACGGAAAGUCAUUAAAAACAUUUUCACUAUCAAAAUAAA